AUGCAACGCAAAGAUGUGCGUAGUAGCCAGCUCGUCGAUAGCGGAGUGGCGGCUAAUUAUCGACAGAAUAACGAUUUCCACGCCGGCCAUGCUGAACAUGAAGCGACAAUGAAAAAGCCCCACCUCUUCAAAAAAAUCAUACGAGCCUUCAAGUCAUGUUUUGGGCACGGCUUCGAUGGUGCCGAUGCCGUUUGUCCAAGCCACUGUGUACAGCUAUACCACUACGUUACCAAUCAUGAACGUUUGAGCGUAUUCCAAGGGGCGUCGAAGGACUCUGCGCUGGGUCACAAAUUGAAUGUUGAGGUUGAGUUGAGGCAUUGUUCUUCAUAUUCAAUGCCUUUACCACCCGUCUUUUACCACUACUUCCGCACCCCGCUGCCAUAUGCGCGAACUCUCCUGCUCCAAGAAAAGAUACAUCAGCUUCAACAUGCUGCUCGUCGUUCAUCAUCUCAUAAUGACAUCCUGCUUCUACUCGAGCACCGUCCAGUCUACACAUCUGGACGCCGGCAAACAGAGCAAGAACUGCACACAGAACGUACACGCCUGACAUCAAUUGGCGCGGAUUUCGCCGUGGCAGCACGCGGUGGACAAUUAACAUACCACGGACCCGGCCAACUCGUCGGUUAUCCACUUCUUGACCUCUCUCGCACAUCACCGCCGAUCGGCAUCCGUGAUUACAUCUGCAAAAUGCAGAAGAUGAUCCAAUCUUACUUGCUGCGUACGCACGGAAUUACCCAUAUACCCUCAGACCACACUGGCGUAUUUUUGGACCCUGUAACAAAGAUAGCAAGUAUCGGCGUCCAAGUACGCCAUCGACUCACGACGCACGGAUUUGCAAUGAACGUCACAAAGGAGCCUUUGGAAUGGUUUGGAAGAGUUGUGGCGUGUGGGUUAGCUGACGUUAAGGCUGGGUGUAUGGUGGAAGCGAAGGGGAAGAAUGUGAGAGUAGAGGAUGUGGUGCCAGGUAUCGUGGAUGAGUUUGGUACCUCAUAUGGGAGAGAUAUGGUGAAAUUAUCUCCUCAGAAUGCUGGUGAGCUUGGAGAGGCUAUUCUUGCAUUAGAGGAGGAUGCCCUAGCUGCUGGGGAAUGGUUGAGGGCACCUUCCCCGGACUCAUAG